UUGAGAAGCGCAAAACAAUACCACUCGGAUCAGAAGCAGCUCUGGAGUUACCGCAUCCGACACAGGCACAUUCUGAGAUUUACACCAGACGACGGGACCUAGCCACCGCUGCACCGCUGUACCUGCACAUUACUGCUGUAGCUCCACCCCGCUCACCGCCGUACCGACAGUCCUACACGCGAUAGAAGCAGCCUUCGAAGCUAGCACGAUCCGAUCGGCAGGAACUUUGCACGGUCCACCCGCACCCGCACCCAGCCCCGGCCCGGACCUUCCAAAGCGGGCCCCGGGCAUACUUGCACCGACCGACAAUCGGGAACGGCGCAUCUCCACCGGCACUCUGCUAUUCUGCGGUUUUGAGAACUUAACAUCCACACAGCAAUCUCACCAUGGCAUCCCAGAAAUCGCCGCUGAGUUGGUUCCCAGCUCUGUUGCUGGCCUGCGCGACGUUACCACAGUAUGCGGCUGCAGCUCCUUACCCGCAGCCAGAGCCACAGGCAAAUGUUCAAUGGGUGACCUCCAUCUGGACCGACACGUUGACGCAAACCCACACUAGCAUCUACAGCACUGUUGUUGCAGCUGUGCCCACGGGCGGUCCCGAUUGCGUUCCCAACACCAGUCUUGGCGAGUCAGCAUGCGGCAGCAUUUGCUGUGCGGCAUCGCAGAAGUGUCAAUACGCCGGCCAGUGCAUGGCGAAGGGUGCCAACGACCCCCCAUUCUUGGGCAGCACCUUGGUCGGCCACACUUACACCACCCAAUACAGCGCCCCUUACCGUCCUACCAGCGGCGCGACAGGAACCGCAGCCAGUGUUACAGCCAGCAGCACAGGCGGUGCGGGCGGUGGUGCGGGUGGUGGUACGGGCGGUGGUGCGGCCGGUGGUGAGGCCGGUGGCGGCACGGCUGAUACCGGUCUGAGCGGAGGAGCGAUCGCGGGUAUCGUUAUCGGCACACUUGCCGGUGUUGUUCUGCUUCUGUUGCUGUGCGCAUGCUGCAUCGUGCGCGGCCUGUGGCACGGUUUCCUGGCCAUCUUCGGCAUCGGAGCCGGCAACAAGAGGAGCAAGGAGACCGUCGUCGAGGAGGAGCGUUACGCUCGUCACAGCGGCCGGAGAGACUCUCACGGCUCUUGGUAUGCCGGCGCCGGUGGCGGUCGUCCCAGCGGGGCCGCUGCGCGCAAGGAAAGCAGCGGAAAGGGCCUGAUGGGCGCCGGAGCCGCUCUCGGUACGCUCUGGCUCUUGCUCGGAAUGAAGAAGGAUAAGAAGAAGGAGUCGUCGAGACGCAAGUCCAGGAGCGAGAACAGCAGCUAUUACUAUUCUGACUAUACCUCCAGCGGAAGCCCUAGCUCGUUCAGUAGCAAUAGACGAACUCGGCGCUCUGCACGCUCUGCCUCCGCUCACGGCGGUGCUGGUAGGACCAGAACAGCCAGCAGAGUGACCAGGACGACGACCCGCGUGUCGCGCGUUAGCUCCGUGCCUCCGCCUCCUCCUGGUCAACGCCGCAUUUCGAGAUCUCCCGGCCCUAUGAGGGGAUGAAGAACUCAGGUCCCAAUGCUGAACUGAUACCUUGCAGCCGCAUGCACUUCAUCUGUCAGGGCAGGCAUGCUGCACUGCAUGAGCCCCUAUACAGAUGACAAAGCGAUAGCAAACAGCUAUUUUGCGAUUCCUCGUUUCUGUGUACAUGUCUUUUCUGAGUUUUCCCCCCUCCCUGCGGAUUCUCACUAUAUAACACACAUCCCAAUUCCCCCCCACACAGAGGCGCUGAGCACUUGUGGAUUUCCUCUUCAUCUUUUCAACUUUCUCAUUCACGCAACUAUCUCCUCAUGAUUUUUAUUCUAUCACGGCGUUAUAACCUCGAAUUUAGGCGAGGUCGAGGAGGAUUUUCCCAAGGGGUUUCACUUUCCAGGGCUCGUUCGUAUAUAUCAUGGCUUCAGCGACGCGGGAUGAUUGGUCCAGUGGAUGAUGUGGAGGAUGAAUAUGGAGUUUAGCGAGCGACUUCCUUUGAGCGAGCAAAGGCUGAUUCGAGAGCGCAAUGGAGAAAGGGAAGAAGAGGAAGUGGCAGUAGCAGUGGCAAGGAUGAUAACGAUGACGAUGAGGAUCAGGAUGCUGGAUUCUGGACGGACAUGUGUAAUGAAUGACCUGAUUGAUGUAUGUAUGUAUGUAUGUAUGCCUGUGAUGAAAGGAGAGAUUUGGUUUAAAUGAGAGGGCAUGUCAAUGACGAGUUGGCAAGAGCGGGAAGUCGUAAAGUUCCCAAAGUGAAGACACACUCAUCAGAGCUACAAAUCGCGGUGUAAUUAGCGGGAGAAUGUGUUGCUUUGCUAUUGAUGCAUGGAUAGUAUCAACGGCGCGUGAGAAUUUGUUCAACCUUUUGAGAGGCGGGCUUAGUUCAAGGUUAGG